AUGUGCGGAAUCAGCGCCUUCAUGAGCCACGGCUCCUCCCACCGUAGCCCCGAGGAGACCAAACAAGUCGUCGACGAGCUCGAGAGCAGCCUUGACAUCAUCGCCCAUCGCGGUCCUGACGCCAGAGGAACAUGGUACAGUGAGAACCACCAGGUCGGCCUCGGUCACGUCCGCCUGUCCAUUCUAGACCUCUCUCCCACCGGCAACCAGCCCUUCCACGACUCUCAUCCUCCCGCCGCGCCCACCAUCUCCGCCGUCGUCAACGGCGAGCUCUACAACCACGAGUACUACCGGAAUCUCCUCUCACCCGAGUUCAAUUUCGUCGGGACCUCUGACUGUGAAAUUGUCAUCGCCUUAUACAAACACUAUGGCCUCUCGUUUCUGGAGCACCUCCGCGGCGAGUUUGCGUUCGUGCUGUGGGACGUGAACAAAAAGAGGCUGAUUGCCGGACGGGAUCGGUAUGGCAUCAAGAGCUUGUACUAUACAUGGCACGAUGGAAAGUUGCUGGUGGCCACCGAGAUGAAAAGCUUUCUGAAGUUUGGAAAGAAAAUGGAGUGGGGCGUGAGGGAGUUGCGGGAACAGAGUUGGCGGGUGGGAAGCGAGACUUACUUCAAAGGGAUCUACAGGGUUCUCCCGGGAAAUUACCUAGUCGCAAGGCCUGGUGAGCAAGAGUAUCAGGUGUCUUAUUGGGACGUCGAGUAUCCGGACAAGUCAAUCCCUGAUUCUCGUUCCGCCACUGAACUCACGGAGAACGUCCGCACACGUCUCCUAGAGGCCACCAGAAUCCGUCUCAAAGCCGACGUGCCGGUGGCCGUCUACCUGUCAGGCGGCAUCGACUCGUCUUCGGUGGCCGGCAUGGUGGCCCACCUCAUGAAGCAAGGCCACCACCUCGGCUCCGAAUCGUCGACCGUGCCAUCCAAGAUGAAGUGCUUCACCGUGCAGUUCGACGAGGGUACCGGCGCAGACGAGUCGGCCGUGGCGCACCGCACGGCUGCAUGGCUGGGCGUGGACAUUCACAUGGUGAAAAUGGACGAAGAGGCCCUUGUCGCGCGCUUCGAGGACACGGUGUGGAACGCCGAGAUCCCGCUGCCGGAUCUCAACGGGAUGGGACGGUACGCGCUCGCCGAGGCCGUUCACAAGCAGGGGAUCAAAGUCGUCAUCACCGGGGAGGGCUCGGACGAGCACUUUGGGGGCUACGACGCCUUUCGCGCCGACUGGCUGAGCGAGGCCGACCAUUCAUGGGCGGCGCAGGAAGAGCAACUUUCUGCGAGUGACCGUGACGAGGCGCUACAGACGGCCGUGGCCGCCAGCAAGCGCGGGAUCUUUGGGGAUUUCACGCCAGAGAUCCCCGCUUCCUCCGAGAGGAUGAUGAACCACGGGUACGUCGUUCCCUCCAUCGCGCGCGUGGGCUCUCUUCCCUUCGCAGAGUGGACCAGACACGCCCACGGGGACACGGCGCCCGAGACGGCCCUUGUUGGGGGCUUCGACGGCCGCGUGCGCGAGAACAUUCGGAAGCGGUGGCAUCCAUUCCACGCGGCGGAGUACAUGUUUGUGAAGACCUUCAUGCCGCACUUUAUCCUGCGAUACAACGGAGACAACGUCGACAUGAGACACCAGGUCGAGUCGCGUUGUCCGUUCCUGGACCACCAUCUCACCGAGUACGUCAACAACAUCCCGCCGGCGCUCAAGAUCCAAUAUCACCACGGCACCAAGUCCUGGCGGGAGAAGCAUAUUCUGCGUGAGGCGGUGAAGCCGUUUGUGACCGAUGAGAUUUAUAACAUGAGUAAGAAGGCGUAUAUGGGGCCCAGGAAGUUUUGGGUCGGGGGCCCGUUGUGGCAAAAGGUCACCGAGCUGGUGACGCAGGAGAACGUCCAGGAGCUAGGCUUUGUGGACUGGCAGGCGGCCGAGGAGGCGGUGAAGAGGGCGUUUGAGGAUCAGGAUGCGUUGUCUUUGAGGAGAGCCAUUACAGUGGCCCAAUUUGUGGUGUUGGGGAAAAGGUUUGGGGUAAAGAAGGCGGUGCCAGGGCAGUAG